CUACUACUUAUCAUCGUGAGUCUACUGAUCAUCUGUUGAAUUUAUAUAAUCUAUUGCGACAUAAAACUACUAUCACCACUAAUGUGACGUUAACCUGCACCUGCAGUUUUUGAGCACAGAGCAGAAAAAACGACAUAAGGAAUUCCUGUCGCUAGUUCGGAACCCAUUUGUUGAUCAUGAGUGCUGGAGACAGUGAUGACGGCUCUGCCAGUAUGAGCGGUUCAAAAGAGGACCUUCACUCUGAACGAACCAAACAGGAGAGAUCAGACUCACCGACAUCAUCACAUCUGUCUCUAAAGAGUGGGAGAUCAAUUCCAUUACCAAUGAACUUCAGUGAUGAAGAACAGAGAAAUAAAGAAAGAACCAAACAGGAGAGAUCAGACUCACCGACAUCAUCAUAUCUGUCUUUGAGAAGUGGGAGAUCGAUUCCAUUACCAAUGAACUUCAGCAGUGAAGCACAGAGAAAUAAAGAAAGAAAGCUGUGUGUGGAAGACACAGAAGAGCAGACAGAGUCCACACCUGCUAAAGGAGUCUGUCAGCGGCACCACAGAGAUCUGGAAGUGUUCUGUAAGACAGAUAACAUGCACAUCUGUGCCAAAUGUGUGGGCCAAGAGCACCAAGGACACAGUAAAAUCUAUACUGUGAAACCUAAUGUGCCAGACAGUCAAACCCUGCUCCAUCAGGUCUUGAGAAACAUGAGGUCAGAAGACUUCAAAACUUUCUGUCAGCGGCACCACAGAGAUCUGGAAGUGUUCUGUGGGGCAAAUGUUGCUGUGAAUAUAGUGGAGUGCUUUGGAGGAGAGACAGCACUGAGAAUCACAUUACACUUCCAGGCAAAUGUUAAUCCACUUCAAAAAAUCACACAAGCCAAUAAAGCAAAACUUCAGGACAAAUGUCAGCAUAUAAACGAAGGAAAUUCAUCUCAAGGUAAACAGAGUUUAUUGAAGGAGAUCUACACGGAUCUGUACAUGACAGAGGGUGGAAGUGGAGAGAUAAAUAACGAACAUGAGGUGUUGAGGAAUGAACUGAUUUCACAAAGCAGAACCACUCCAGAAAGUCCUCUCACAUGUAAUGACAUCUUCAAGACGCUGCCAGGACAAAGCAAAAGCAAACAAAUCAGAACAGUCCUGACGAUGGGUAUAUUUGGUAUUGGAAAGCACGUGUCGGUGCAGAGGUUCAUUCUAGACUGGGUGGAUGGAAAAGCAAACCAAGAUAUUAAUGUCAUCAUCUAUCUAAAAUUCCGUGAGCUCAACCAGAAAAAGGGGAGCUGCAGUCUUCUACAGCUUAUUCAGCAAUAUGCUCCUGAGCUGAAAGAAGCAGAUCUUCAAGAAAUUAAAGUGCUUUUUAUUUUAGAUGGCUUAGAGGUCUGUCAGUAUCCUCUUGAUUUCCAUAAUAAUGACUACUGCUCUGAUAUAAAUGAGAACGUUCCUGUGGAUGUGCUGCUUACAAACCUCAUCAAGGGGAAUCUGCUUCCCUCAGCUCUCCUCUGGAUAACCACAAGACCAUCAACAGCCAGUCGGAUCCCUCUUGAGUGUGUCCAUCGGGUCACAGAGAUUCAAGGGUUUAAUGAUCAUCAAAAGGAAACAUACUUCAGGAAGAAAAUCAGUGAUCAGAAGCUAGCGAAUGAAAUCAUCACACACAUCAAAUCAUGUCGGAGCCUCUACAUCAUGUGCCACAUGCCCAUCUUCUGCUGGAUUUCUGCCACUGUGCUAGAAAAUAUGAUGAGUAAUGGAAACUCUGAUCAGAUACCCAGAACUCUGACUGAGAUGUUCACUCGCUUCCUGCUCAUUCAGAUCAGCAUCAAGCAUAAGAAGUUUAAUGGAGCUGAUGUUGAUAACCCAGAGAAACUCUCUGAAUUUGACAAAACAUUGAUUCUGAAACUAGGAGAACUGGCUUUCCAGCAACUGGAGAAGGGCAAUUUGAUUUUCCAAGAAGAGGAUCUGAUAAAGAGUGGCUUAGAUGUCGGUAAAGUCACAGAGUAUUCAGUGUGCACAGAGAUGUUCAGAGAAGAGCUGGGAUUGUACAGGGAGAAGGUCUACAGCUUUGUGCAUGUGAGCUACCAGGAGUAUCUGGCAGCGAUAUAUGCUCACUUUGCAUGUGUCAAUGAUGGGAAAAAUGUUCUUGACAUAAAUGGAUCAACAGAUCUUUCUGAUGUCCAUCAGAGUGCACUGAAUAAAGCUUUGAAGAGUGAAAAUGGACAUCUUGACCUCUUCCUUCGCUUCCUUUUUGGUCUUUCUGUUGACCCUAACCGCACUCUCCUGCAAGACCUUCUCACCAAAGACAGUUCAAGUAAACCCUGUGUAGACAAAAACAUGACAGUGCAUUUCAUCCAAGAGAAGAUCAAACAGGAACAGUCACCAGAGAGAAUCAUCAAUCUGUUCCACUGUUUAAAUGAGCUGAAUGACAACACUCUUGUUAAAGAAAUCCAGACUGCCAUGAAAUCAGGAACGCUCUUGGGUAGCGAGCUGGAGCCCGAGCAGUGGUCAGCACUGGCUUAUGUCUUGCUGAAAUCUGGAGAGCAAUUAGAUGAGUUUGACAUGAAGAAAUUUCACACAUCGACAGCAAACCAGCUCAGACUGCUGCCGGUGCUCAGGAUCUGCAAAAGGGCCAGAUUGGAUUGUUGCGAUCUUUCAGUUGAGUCCUGUAGAAUAGUAGCAUCAGCUUUGCAGUCAGUCAAUUCACCCUUGAGAGAGCUGGAUCUGAGCAACAAUAAACUAGACAAGUCUGCAGUGAACAUCCUCUUGACUGGUCUAACAGAUCCACAUUGCCAAUUGGAAAUAAUCAGUCUGGCUGGCUGUAAUUUCCCAUCAGCAUUCUGUUCAAAUUUGGUCUCAGCUAUCCAAUCAGCAAACUCACACCUGGGAAGACUGGAUCUGAGUUACAAUAAGAUAAGUGAUACGGGAAUGAAUAAGCUCUGUGAUGGACUAAUUAGUCCAUACUGUAGACUUCAGAAACUCAAGUUAAAGCGGUGUGGUCUCACAAAGAAAAGCUGUGUAUAUCUAGUAACAGUUAUGAAAUCUAACUCACACUUGAGGGAGCUGGAGCUGAAAAGCAAUGAUCUGCAGGAUUCAGGAGUGAAGCACCUCUCAAUAGGACUACAGGAUCCACAAUGCAAAUUAGAGAUACUGGGACUGUCGGGGUGUAUGAUCACAGAGGUGGGCUGCAGAUCACUGGCCUCAGCUCUCACCUCAAACACUGGUCAUCUGAGAGAACUGGAUCUGAGCUACAACCACCCUGGAGACUUAGGAGUGAAACUGCUCUACGCUAAAAAAGAUGAUCCAAGCUGUAAACUGGAGACACUACAUGUUGAGAAAGGAGGAGAAUUUCGGAUGAAACCAGGUCUGAGAAAAUAUGUCUGUCAGCUCACAGUGGAUCUAAACACAGUACAUCCACGCCUAAAACUUUCUAAUGGAAACCAGAAAAUAACCGAAACUAUAGUGGAGCAGAAAUAUCCUGAUCAUCUGGACAGGUUCAAGCUGUAUCCCCAGGCCAUGUGCAGAGAGGCUCUGACUGAUCGCUGUUACUUUGAGGUGGAGUGUGAUGGUGGAGUUGGAGUGGGAGUGGCCUAUAAGACUCCAGAUAGAAAAGUGAAUAUAAUGGGAGUUAAUAACCCGUUCCCUGCUCUGCUCUGUCAGGAUGGCAAACUGAAACUGUGGCAGGAUAAUGAUAUUACUUGUGAGUUCCCUGUGUCUGCUCGGUCUAGAAGAGUAGGAGUUUAUGUGGACUUGGAACAUGGAAGUUUGUCAUAUUACAGCAUUCGUAAUGACAGCCUAACUCACCUGCACACGCACCACACUACUUUCAAAGACUGCUUAUAUACAGGGUUUACUUUUCUGCCUGACUCCUCAGUGACUCUGUGUGAGAUGGCAUAGACCCUGAGAGUGAGCAGAUAUUUCAAAAGGAAGUUAGACAUGUUGUAUGUAUAUACAGGUGCAUCUCAAUAAAUUAGAAUGUCGUG